AUGGUCAAACUGACGUUGACGGCUCCAAAACCCCCAAAUCCUUCCCCGCUCUCGCAAAUGUCCGCACCAAAUGAUCCACAGGUUGGAUCCAGCACCGGCGCCAGCAGGGCGCUCCAACCACCGGCGGGGGCACGGCAGGCAGUACCUAUGGGCUUACAGCCAUGGGGACCACAAUCAGCAGCAGCGGCGGCGACAACCACGACAAGUGCAGCUACACCUGCAGCUGCGUCCGCAUCGAACAGCACCCCGGCUGCCCCUGCCCGCCAGGCGCCAAUUUGGCAGCAACCCUUGGUUGCCGCCCAUCCUCAACCUGUGUUGGCCUCAGCAACGGAGGGAACGAACCGCCCUCAGAUUUUGCCACCGCCGAGCACACUUGUAGACGCUCGGCAAGAUGUGCAAGCACCAACCCUUCAGGGCUAUGAGCCUUGCUUGAUCCAGCUUUUGGACUUUUACAUCAGGAAGCCCGACUCUUUCCUCACGCUUGCCGUGCUCUACUUUCAAAACUCUGAUGACCCACCCCAAUCCGUGGCUACAAGAGCAAGGACGCCAGGAGAGAUCGCCCGAUAUCGAAAAUUAGGGCAAUCAUGGAGCCGCAACUACCGGCAGUUGGAUCUACGAGAGAAAGAUCCAACAGCUCAUAUGGAGUGCAAAGUGGACGCCAACGACAGAGAAGCUCAAGCGAUCAUCAAUGACGUCGCAGUGAAUAGAGAUGCUUCCCGCGACUCGUUCGAAGAGGCGUUAAGACAGUGGGCGUCUAAUGCAAGGAAUGAUGCAGCUGUGAGCGCUGUUUUGCAAGCAGCUGGUUGGACGCAGGAGAAUAUGUGGCUCUCAAAGGAGUACGAGACAAUGCAUAACCUUCUGAAGCUACCCGAGAGCGACGAGAAACGCUCGAUACUUGAGCAGGCACGCGAGGAAUCGCCACGGUUCUACGAUGCCUGCAUGGAGGACCACAAAUCUCGCAAAAUAGUUUCCAACGACGGGCAAGUAACCUGGCAAUAUCGGAAACGCGACCUAGUAGAAUUCCAGGAGCCCACAGAGCCUGCAGAAGAGUCUCCUAGUAAACGCCCGAGAAUGGACGCCUCCUUUGGCAGACCAACCCAAGUCCACGGAGUCCCGCUUGAAGAGCGAGCUUUUGACAGUAAGGGAAACCGGCUCCCAUGGGGACUUGAGUGGCAUCCUGACCAUCCUAACGCUCGCGGACAAAAACGUCAUGUGGAAGAGAAAGGACCGUUCGGUAAAUCCAACCGUAGAAAAGGUUCCUCACGAACACGCACUGCAACUCCAGCAAAGAAAGAGAAUCCUGCAAUUGAUGGCUUCGAGAAAGCCAUGCAAUAUACCAAGAGUCAAAACCCGAAUGCUCAGCUGGACACACAAGGAUCACGCAUCCAAAGCGAAGGCAACCUUGCUUCCCAACGCGCUAUCUCUGCCAACAAGCAACCAACGCAGGUCUAUAUCUUUGGUUAUGCCACUGAUUCACAAUGGGACGCAUUAGACAAGUACGAGAAAGCAUCGCAUGGAAUGGUCUGUGAAGAUUACGCAAGAGACCCUCCACUGAGCGCAAAGCGAUAUCCUUCAACUUUCAGCUCGUCUCGUGCUAAACGCUCGUUGACACCAGCAGAGAAGACAAUGUCAAUGAGAUACGAUGGUGGUGAGCACUGGGUGAAGGUGACUUUCGAUUCGGCUGAAGCAGCUGAACGAGCAAUCGAAUGUUCCCCGAUGCUCAGUUACGGCUGCUGGGUCUAUGCGCAGUACUAUCAUGGCAAAGGCCCAGAGAGAGAUGAGCCAAUUCCACUACAAGAAGGAGAUAGCCCACGGCGACCGAGACAAAGGCCACAAACUAUGGGUGCCACUCAUGCAUCGCGCACCGAUUCCCAAUCGAAUGCCGGAAUUACACUGCCAAGAUCCUUCGCACCUUCAGCACCGAUAGAAUCGCAGGAAUCAUCACCAUCAUCAUCGACUGAAACCUCGGGAACAGCGACAGGCAUUCAGUAUCCUGACCUCCAUCACCGCAACAUAGCACCCUCGUUCAAUUCGACCGGUUUGACUGGCCAACAACAGCCACUAAACCCACAGAUGAUGAAACACUUCCCCGAUAUGCCCCGGACCAUUUUGAGACCCGCAUCUGAGGCUUUACUACCACAACCGACCUGGUGGGAACGGCAAUUACAGUGGCUUAGAGCAUCAGGGCUACUACCGCAAGAGGUUAUCGGUAACGGCAUUCCAAUGACAGAGGACGGCAAGCCGGACAUGUCGCAAGCAAGCUUCUACUGGAGGUUCUUCUAUUUCAUUGAUACCAAAUUUGGCACAGAUUAUUGUGGCCUGAGAGACGAGGAAUGA